GGGAUUCGGGCGCUGGGACGAGCUGUAAGCGGGUGACACGGUAUGGUUAGUAGAGGCCAGAAUAACCGUGUAUGACGGCAAGUUAGUUAAGGCUCCGUAGCAAGUGUUUGGGGUCAAAAUGGCGCUGGUGCGAAUGAGGAACACACAAGGCGCGAAUGCCACAGAGAUAGAGAAGAAAAUUAAAAGAGGCAAUGCGCUGCGGCAGGGGUCGGCGUGGAGGGGCUCCCGAGGGCUCGUGGCGUUGCUGCUGUUUGCCGUGUCCGUGUGCGGGGCGGCCGUGUGGCUGUACGUGACCUUUCUGGACAGCGACGUCACAGAAACGUUAGUCCGCCAGGGCGAGCUGGUCUCCCCCCGGCCCAGAUUCUUCCCCGUUCAGUGCUCUGAGGACUACGACAACCACAAGCGCUACCCAGGAUGCACCCCUCAGAGGUGUGGGCGCGCCGUCACGGACAGCGUGGUGACGAGGGAGGAGGCUCAGGUCCUCAGGAGGCUGGCCGAGAGGGGGCUGUCGCUCGCCGGGUCCGAUGGAGGAGCUUCCAUACUGGACCUUCACUCUGGGGCGCUGUCGAUGGGUAAACAGUUUGUCAACAUCUACAGGUAUUUCGUGGAUCAGAUCGGUGAUGUGUUCACACAGGAGGAUUUUCAGCUCUACAGAAACGUACGUGAGCGAAUCCAAGCCGCUAUCGCUGAGGCGUUUGGUUUGGACCGGACCCUGUUGUACCUCACCAAGCCCACCUUCUUCUCUAGGAUCAACAGCACGCUGGCAAAGACCCAGCACGACGAGUACUGGCACCCACACAUAGAUAAGGUGACCUAUGGCUCAUUUGACUACACUUCACUCCUGUACCUGUCUGACUAUGGGUCCGACUUCACCGGAGGAAGAUUCAUCUUCAUGGACCAAAAUGCCAACCGGACGGUGGAACCUCGAGCAGGACGAGUCUCUUUCUUCUCCUCUGGCACGGAGAACCUCCACCGCGUGGAGAAGGUGGCGUGGGGGACGCGCUACGCCAUCACCGUGUCCUUCACCUGUGACCCGGCGCACGCCAUCUCGGACCCCGCCAUGCCCUGAGUGCACCCACUGGCGAUGGCGCUGCUUACUGGCGUGCACGAGCCCUGCACAGAGGGAGACAGUGGGAGGGGGACGAGAAAGCAGAGGAAGGAAGAAGUGAAGUUUUACACAUUGGGGUCCCAAAGCUGCACGGCCAAUACCUGCUGUUUCCCUUCAUCUGCAGAUACUAACCUGUUGCCCUGCUCGGAUUUAUCCACAGAAUAAAAGCACAAACAAUCACUUUUUUCUUACUUUUCUUAUUUCGUACUUUAGCUUUUAUCCAGUUUUCUACAGUAGUUUCUUUUUUUUACCUUUUUCUUUUUUACUGCACCAUCAUGAUUACUACAAUUAUGUACAAACAUGAUGUGUUCUUUUGAGGUAGAGAUCGGCUCUCGACUGAAACCGUGUGAAAGAGGCUCAGGUGGGAUUGUGUGUUUUCUGCGUCGGUGUGUUAUUCGUUUUAGGGAAAGCUGUCACUUUCUUGGCGAAUCUCCUGCUGAAUCAACCUUUCAUCACAACGUCCCCACUAACACUCGCCCCCACCCAUGACCCAGGAGGUGUUUUCUUCUAAGAAGAACCCUCUCCUUGUCCAGGAGUGAGUACUAUUUCUAGUAUGUUACCAAUUACUCCAGUGUGGUCGGUGAAGACUGUUUGAAAUAAAAUACAGACCCUAAAA